CUGUGCCCUGUAUCUCCCUAUCAGUGGAAUCAUAUGGGAACAGCCUGGAAUUCUCCUUUGUUCUGCAUCCUAAGGAAUUGUUGCCCAUGCUUUCUAUGAUAACUAAAGACAGUCUAGCAAAGAAAAGCCACUACUGUGCCUGCAACAGCCAUGCAAACAGAGGUAACUAGCCACCAUGAAUUUUGAAGGUCUUGACCCAGGCCUUGCAGAGUAUGUACCUGCCCUCCAUCCUGCCCUGGAUCCCCACCUCAAUCCUAGCCUGUUACAGAAUGUGGAGCUUGAUCCAGAGGGGGUGCCUUUGGAAGGUAUCCCUGUGUCUGACUCAGUGCACAUCAUGGAGGGCAUGUACUCAGAACUCCACACGGUUGUCUCUGAAGUGGGUGUGCCUGUCUCCUUUUCCCAUUUUGAUCUACAUGAAGAAAUGCUCUGGGUUGGAAACCAUGGGGGACAUGCCACCUCUUUCUUUGGCCCAGCCCUGGAACGUUACUCCUCCUUUCAGGUGCACAGCAGUGAUGACAUUCGACAGAUCCAGAGCCUGGAAAAUGGGGUGCUUUUCCUGACCAAAAACAACCUCAAAUACAUGUCCAGAGGGGGGCUGAUAAUCUUUGAUUACCUCAUGGAUGAGAGUGAGGACAUGCACAGUCUUCUGUUAACUGAUCCUAGUACCUUGCUUGUUGGAGGACUAACCAAUCAUGUGAUCGAAAUAGACCUCAACACUGUGCAAGAGACCCAGAAGUACACAGUGGAAGUGCCUGGUGUCACUAUCAUGAGACAAUCAAAUCGUUUUUUCUUUUGCGGCCACACAUCAGGAAAGGUGUCCUUGCGUGACCUCCGUACUUUUGCUGUAGAGCAUGAAUUUGAUGCCUACUCAGGUAGCCUAUCAGAUUUUGAUGUCCAUGGCAACCUGCUGGUGACCUGUGGCUUCUCCAGCCGGAUGAAUGGCCUUGCCUGUGAUCGCUUCCUCAAAGUAUAUGACCUGCGCAUGUUGCGAGCCAUCACGCCUCUGCAGGUCCACAUUGACCCUCUGUUUUUGAAAUUUAUUCCUACCUACACAUCUCGUCUAGCCAUCAUCUCCCAGACAGGUCAGUGUCAGUUCUGUGAACCCACUGGAUUGGCCAAUCCUGCAGACAUCUUCCAUGUGAAUACAGUGGGCCAGCUGAUCAUGAGCUUUGAUGUGUCCUCCAGCAAGCAAGCCAUGGUAUUUGGAGACUCGGAGGGCUGCGUCCACCUGUGGGCCGAUUCACCUGAGAUCACCUUUAACGCCUAUUCCCGGGAGACUGAUUUUGCCUUGCCCUGCAUUGUGGAUUCCUUGCCCCACCUCGACUGGAAUCAGGAUCUCAUGCCAUUAUCUCUUAUACCUGUGCCAUUGACCACUGACUCAUUGUUGUCAGACUGGCCAGCUGCCAACUCUGCCCCUGCACCCAGGCGAGCCCCGCCUGUCGACCCUGAGAUCCUCCGUGCCAUGAAAAAAGUCGGCUUCAUUGGAUACGCUCCAAAUCCUAGGACCAAACUCCGGAAUCAGAUUCCGUAUCGCCUGAAGGAGCUCGACAGUGAGUUUGACAAUUUCAGCCAGGUUCCUGAAUCACCCAUUGGACGAGAGGAGGAGCCACAUAUCUACAUGGUGCCAAAGAAGUACAGGAAGGUCACCAUUAAAUAUUCCAAGCUGGGUCUAGAAGACUUUGACUUCAAACAUUACAACAAGACUCUUUUUGCUGGCCUAGAGCCCCAUAUUCCAAAUGCGUACUGCAACUGCAUGAUCCAGGUCCUUUACUUCUUAGAGCCAGUGCGCUGUUUGGUCCAGAACCAUUUGUGCCAGAAGGAGUUCUGCCUGAGCUGCGAGCUGGGCUUCUUGUUCCAUAUGCUGGACUUGUCCAGAGGGGACCCUUGUCAGGGCAGUAACUUCCUGCGUGCCUUCCGCACCAUUCCAGAGGCAGCUGCCUUGGGGCUGAUUUUGGCCGAUUCAGAUGAAGCUACAGGGAAGGUGAAUUUAGGCCGGUUGAUUCAGAGCUGGAACCGGUUCAUUUUGACCCAGCUUCAUCAGGAAACUCAAGAACAGGAAGGCCCUCAGGCUUACCGGGGCAUUGGCAUCAGUAACUUUGGCUCUUCUGGGGACUCGGUCAUCGGGCAGCUUUUCAGCUGCGAAGUGGAAAACUGCAGCAUGUGUCGCUGUGGCAAAGAGACUGUCCGAGUGUCUUCUACACUUCUCUUUACUCUCUCCUACCCGGAGAGUAAUGAUAAAAUCAAGGACUGUGAAUUUGCUCAGAUCUUAAAAAGAAGCAUCUGUCUGGAACAGAACACUCAGGCCUGGUGUGAGAACUGUGAGAAAUACCAGCCCACGGUCCAGACUCGCAAUAUCCGCUGCCUGCCUGAUGUUUUGGUCAUUAACUGUGAAGUGAACAGCUGUAAGGAGGCAGAAUUCUGGAAGAUGCAAGCAGAGUAUGCCUUUAAGAAGCUGAUGAUGAAGAAAGGAUGUCUGGAACUGCCUAAGAGUAGAGAAAUAUCUCUUGGGGAAUGGAAUGAAUUAGGAGUGGCAGAGGGGGGACACAAUUAUACCUCAAUUGAAGAACUGAAGAACGUCUGGAUUCCUUAUUCCAUCAAGAUGAAGCUCUCCAAAAACAAAUUGCUGGAGGUUUACAACUGGGAUGAAAAUGCUGAACUGAGUGUGUUGGAUGAUCAGGAGUCAACAUAUGUUUAUGACCUCAUGGCAACUGUUGUGCACAUUUUGGACUCUCGGACUGGGGGCAGCCUUGUGGGGCACAUCAAAGUAGGGGAGACCUACCACCAAAGGAAAGAGGGUGUCACGCACCAGCAGUGGUACCUUUUCAAUGACUUUCUCAUUGAGCCUGUGGAUAAGUGUGAGGCUGUCCAAUUUGACAUGAGCUGGAAGGUGCCUGCGAUCCUUUAUUAUGUGCGAAGGAACCUCCAUUCUAAAUACAAUUUAACCAUCAAGAACCCGAUUGAAGCCAGCGUGCUGCUUGCAGAGGCCUCCUUGGCCCGGAAACAACGCAAAUGUCAUGCCACUUUCAUCCCGCUCAUGCUGAAUGAGAUGCCACAGGCCGGAGACCUGGUGGGACUGGAUGCUGAGUUUGUCACUCUCAAUGAGGAGGAGGCUGAGCUUCGCAGUGAUGGGACCAAGUCUACCAUCAAGCCCAGCCAGAUGUCAGUGGCCAGGAUCACAUGUGUAAGAGGGCAAGGUCCGAACGAGGGUGUUCCUUUCAUCGAUGAUUACAUUUCUACACAAGAACAGGUGGUGGAUUAUCUCACACAGUACUCAGGAAUAAAGCCAGGGGAUCUUGAUGCCAAAAUUUCUUCCAAACACCUCACCACUCUCAAAUCCACCUACCUGAAGCUACGCUUCCUCAUCGAUGUCGGGGUCAGGUUUGUGGGCCAUGGACUGCAAAAAGACUUCCGGGUCAUCAAUAUCAUGGUUCCCAGGGACCAAGUAAUUGACACUGUGUACCUGUUCCACAUGCCCAGGAAGAGGAUGAUCUCACUGCGCUUCCUUGCCUGGUAUUUUUUGGAUCUGAAGAUCCAAGGGGAGACUCAUGACAGCAUUGAGGAUGCACGCACGGCUCUCCAGCUGUACCGGAAGUACAUGGAGCUGAGCAGUGGCGGGUUGGAGCCCGACGAAUUCCGCAAGGUGCUGAAGGGUCUGUACGAGAAGGGGAGGAAGAUGGACUGGAAGGUGCCUGAGCCUGAUGGCCAGAGCAGCCCCAAGAGUGCUGCCGUGUUCUCAAAUGUGUUGUCUCUCUAACCUGAGACUGCUUCACCUCAAUGUCUCUUCAACAGAGGAAUAUGAAAAAAAUUACUUCCCUGAGUUCUGGGUAUCAUGGAACAUGGAUUAUUCACGCAUAUAUUUCAGAGGCCAAGAGACUGCUGGGCUGCUUCUGUGCCCCGUUUCUGGAGAAACUUCAGGGAUCCAAAACCAAAUCCUAAGAAAUGACUCACUAGGGAUGGAGGCUAUGAAGCAGUGUGUAUUGUGAACCACAUGGGGGUGCAACAGCUCUCUGAAUUUUGGAUGCUGAACAUGUAUGCUGCACAGAAGAAAGAUUUACGCAUCGCAUCCUGCCGUGGACGCUCAGUGGCCAGCUGUUUUGGCCUGUAUUUUAUACAAAGGGGGUGUUUGUGUGAAGUAGAUCUGUGCGUGGUCCAGGAAUCCUCUCUUUCUGUCAGUCUGUGUCGUACGAGCCUGAGGAAGGUUACCUGUUUUAUUUUGCGACUGGGAGUUUCUCCUGAAAAAAAAAUAGAGCUGGACUCUACUGCCAUGGAAGCUUCAUGGCUUUUAACUCUUCUGUUUUCUGUAUAUGAGUUGUGGUCAAGGAAUCUCUGAAAUGCAAUCAAUCUGUGCAAACAUAAUCUUUUCCAGUCUUCUCUCUUCUUCUCUUGGUGUCCUAUGUUACUGUUUUUUCCCUUCCUUGAAAAAUCAUCCUUGGUCCCCUCUAAAUGUAAGCAGCAUGUUUAUAUUCUGUUCAUUCCUACAUAGACUGAGGCUUUAGCUUAUCUCCAUUUCUUACCUCAUCUGGCUGGCUGGCUGGCUGGCAGGUUGUGACGCCAGAACUUGCAAGACUUCCAGGUCUGGAGAAUUAGGCAGUCCAUGUUUCUGUGUGUGGAAUAUUUAGAUGUUGCAGCAGAAAUGAGGAGACUGAGAACUGUUUUUAGGCCUGCUGUAGGAUAGGGAAAAGGUGUUAAGACAGUAAUAUGAAGAGGAAUUUAGUGGUCAAACAGUAGAAGGCAACUAAAGCUACUAAAGCUGGAUACAGCAUUAUAUCACCUAAAUCUUGCUUUUCUGUAUGGACUGCUCUGGAGCCAGCCACCAUUUGAGAUGCAAGGCUGGUACAGAGGGUAGGGGUCAUAAGCAAUUACAUGGUAAAAACAGAUGCUAGUAGCCUGUUAAGCAGAAAAUCCUGCUAAGUGGGGUCGUGCUGCUUAUGCAAUUUUUUUUCCAUGAGCAGAGGCAGGUUUUCUUUAUGGUGAUCACCAUUUGGGCAAGCUGUGUGACCCCUCAUGACUACACCUACUUGAUUCUCCACUAAGUGGAGGCUCAGUAAAAUAUUGGGCAAAGAUGUAGAACCAUUGCGUUAAAUUGGGGGUCUCCUAGUUUCAAAACCCCACCUAGCCAUAAUGUUCACUGGGUAAUCCUUGGCCACCUGUAUUCUCCCAUUGUGAUCAACUGCAUUGUUACAAAUAUUCUUAUAGCGAGGCUGGUAUAAAUCUCUAAUAUGUAAAUGCUGGAUUCCAAAAGAUCUCCUGUAUGGAGAAUUAGUGCAGGGAAAUCGCCCCAGAGGGAGACC